ACAACAGUGUUUCAAAAGAAUGAUCCAUUUCCAACUAAAUGUCGUCUUUCUGAUAACUCUAGAGGGACUUGUCUAAAGUACGAGUAUUGUCCCGCUGCUAUAACUGAAAGAAAUAUCUCAGUGUGUUAUAAUAAGGGAAAGGAUCAAUACGUUUGCUGUAAAAAAAAUUGUGGAAAGACAUGAAGCUAAGACGCUCAAACGAAGAUUGUGUUAGACCAAACUUCUAUAUUGCACGAGGAUUAAACACAGUAUACAAAGAAUUUCCUUAUAUGGUUGCCUUAGGUUGGAACUCGGCGUUAGCUAAGGACACAUACGAUUACAAGUGUGGCGGUGUUUUGAUUACGCGUAAUUAUGUACUUACCGCAGCUCACUGUGUACUAUUACAUGGCCUGCCACCAGACGUAGCCUUGGUGGGCGGUACCAAUUUAACCGAUGCUUCAAACAAGCCUUUGAAAAUCGUUGAAGUUAAAAGCCAUCCGAAAUACAAUCCAAGUGAAGAUUACCAUGACAUAGCCUUGCUAAAACUGGAGACUUUUGCAAAGGAGAGGGCAAUUUGUGUAUGGAGUUUGUAUUCAAUGGAUGACAUUAAUGUUACAGCACUGGCUGGCGCUUAUUCGGAAACUCUGUUAAAAACACAUUUAUCCGUCAUAUCAAAUCAACAAUGUAGUCAGCAUUUUUCUCGUGAAGAAUCACUACCAUCUGGUAUUGGAGAUUCUGGAGGACCGCUUAUAUUGCGCUCUACCAACCAAUUAGAAUUUGAAUUUCCCUACGUUGUAGGUAUAGCAUCUUUUGGGCGUGUAUGCGGCCUAGAUCAACCUGGAGUCUAUACGCGAGUUUCGGAAUAUGUUGAUUGGAUUGAAUCUGUUGUAGUAGCUUAUCUAAGCUACCCUCUAUACAAGUCUCUAACAACAGCUAUGAAUAUUAAGGUGGGAAUCUUUGUCGUGUUAAGUCUUCUAUUGCGAUACGCAAAUUCGUCUGGGAAGCCGUUCACAAACAAUUCGGAAAUAACAUUCCCCACCUUAGAUUUCCCUGUUGAUUGCGACCUACCAGAUAGUUCCAAGGGAAUAUGCCAGCUUCCUAAAUAUUGUCCUGCGGCCAUAACAGCUAAAAGUGUUUCCGUUUGUUAUGAAGACGAUACCAAUACAUAUGUUUGCUGCAAACGAGACUUGUGGGAUGAUUUUCCAAAUAGAAGACUAACGGCAGGUUGUGGCUUUCCAGUACAAAGCAUUUCAAAUGGCCUUCGCACAGAAUAUAUGGAGUUCCCUUACAUGGCAGCUUUAGGUUGGGAGUCCUUUUUUGGUGAUGAUGUGUUCGAUUACAAGUGUGGUGGUGUAUUGAUAGAUUACAUAUUUGUCCUAACAGCAGCGCAUUGUGCUAAUCUGCAAGGUGUUCCUCCCUCUGUUGUUCUUCUCGGCGGUGGCGACUUGACCGAUACCACGAAGAAACCAGUUAAGGUUAUAGAUACCAUAAUACAUCCCGACUAUAAAAGCACUGAAUCAUAUCAUGAUAUUGCUUUACUAAAACUCGAUAAUCUACGAUAUUAUAAAAGUCCAAUAUGUGCCUGGAGUAUUUAUCCAUUGGAUAAUAUCAAUUUGACAGCAAUCGGAUACGGACACAUACAUUUCGCUGGUCCUAGUUCAGACAACCUUUUGAAAACCUAUUUGUCAGUGAUACCAAACAACGAAUGUUCAGCUUAUUUCCCGGAUGAAGAAUCUUUACCGCGUGGAAUUGUGGAGACGCAGUUAUGCGCACAGGAUUUUGUAAGACAAAGCGAUACAUGCCAGGGUGAUUCUGGGGGACCAUUAAUUUUAAACUCUGUAAGUCCCUACCAUAUUGUAACAUCAUUCGUUGUAGGUAUUACCUCUUUUGGCCGAGGCUGUGCCAUGGAUACUCCAGGUGUCUACACAAGAGUGUCGGAGUACAUAGAUUGGAUUGAAGAAGUUGUAUAUGCUGACAAAUAAAUAAAGCAAUAUGUAUUUAAAUAUUA